AUGCCUGCUGGGACAGUGGUGGCGGAGGUUUUCCCGGGGGACACCCUGCCCGGUUUCCGUACCGCCCCUUGGGGCUUCACUCUCUCCGCCAACUCGUACACCUUCCUGCCCGCACACGCCGUCCCCGUGCCCGAGCUCUGCCCGCUGUCCCUCUUGCUUUUGUUCGGCUUUUCCGACUGGGUUUCCGCCGCGAUUCGCUAUGCGAUUCCCGAGGAGGCGCGGAGAGGAUCCGCGGUGGGGAACGUGGUAGCCGACCUGGCGCUGGACCUCGGGCGGCUGCCGGAACGCCGGCUGCGGGUGGUGUCCGGUGGGAACAAGAAGUACUUCGGGGUGGAUCUGACGAGCGGCGCGCUGCUGGUGAGCGAGCGGAUAGACCGGGAGGAGCUCUGCGGAGCGCUCUCCCCCUGCUCCCUCAGUUUUGAGAUCGUGGUGGAAAACCCGCUGGAGCUGUACAGCGGCGCCGUGGAGAUCCAGGACAUCAAUGACAACGACCCGGUUUUUCCCAGCAGCCAGGCGAGGCUGGAAAUCAGCGAGUCGGUGGCGGCCGGAGCGCGCUUCCCGCUAGAGAGCGCGCAAGACCCCGAUGUGGGGAUUAACUCUUUGCAGACCUACCAGCUCAGCGCCAACCCGCACUUUGUGCUCGACGUGCAAACGAGGGUGGAUGGCAGCAAGUACGCGGAGCUGGUGCUAGAGAAGGAGCUGGACAGGGAGGAGCAACGGGAACUGCAUUUGGUCUUGACCGCGCUGGAUGGAGGCAGCCCGCCACGGUCGGCCCACGUGCAGAUCCACAUUGACGUUGUGGACGCCAACGAUAACGCCCCAGUCUUCAACCAGUCCACCUACAAGGCAAGCGUGAGGGAGAACACGCCCAGUGGUACCCUGGUCGCCAGGAUCAGUGCGUAUGAUCUGGAUGAUGGGCCCAAUGGGGACAUCGUCUAUUCCUUCAGCAGCCACACACCCGCCAAGGUACGAGAACUCUUCGCUCUGGACUCGGCCACGGGGGAGUUGAGGGUCAAGGGGCAGCUGGACUACGAGGAAACGAAGCUGUACGAGAUUUACUUACAGGCUAAAGACAAGGGCGUCGUUCCUGGCGUGGCCCAUUGCAAAGUGCUGGUGGAAGUUGUGGAUGUGAAUGACAAUGCUCCAGAGGUGACAGUGACUUCUGUGUACAGCCCAGUGCCUGAAGAUGCAGCCCCAGGGACGGUCGUAGCUCUGCUGAGUGUAACAGACUUGGACUCCCAUGAUAAUGGUCUGGUGAACUGCUUCAUUUCCCCUGGGAUCCCGUUCAUGCUAAGCUCCUCCCUCAAAAAUUACUACACGUUGAAAACAAAAGCAGCUCUGGACCGGGAAAAGACAUCGGAGUAUAACAUCACUGUCACAGCCAGGGACUCGGGCUCACCACCCUUGUCUGCAGUAAAACAGAUCCUGGUGCAGGUGUCAGAUGUCAAUGACAACGCGCCCAAGUCUUCCCAGGACUCCUACGAUGUGUACGUGCUGGAGAACAACGUGCCUGGCAUCCCCAUCCUCGAUGUGAGCGCCACAGACCCAGACCUUGGGCGCAAUGCCCAUCUCUCCUAUAGCAUCUUGCAGGGUGGCCCCACUGUAGGCCACCUGUUCUCCAUCAACCAGGAGAAUGGCACCCUCUACCUGCUCACUUCCCUGGACCAUGAGGACCAGGUGGAGUUCAGGAUGAUGGUGCAGGUCAAGGACGGCGGCUCUCCGCCUCUGGCCACUAAUGUCUCAGUCAGUGUGUUUGUCACUGACCUCAAUGACAAUGCCCCGACUGUGCUGUACCCUCAUCCCAACACCACUGCCACCUAUACUGAUGUGGUGGCACCAGGCACUCCUGCUGGGCACAUGGUCACCAAGGUGGUGGCGGUGGAUGCGGAUGCAGGGUACAAUGCCUGGAUCUCCUAUACCCUGUUGCAAGCCCCUGACCCCAGCCUGUUCUCAGUUGGGCUGCACAGUGGAGAGAUCUUCACGGCCCGCCAGCUCCGGGAGGAUGAUGCUCCCCAGCACACACUAGUUUUAGACCAUGGGGAGCCUGUGCUGUCCUCCAGUGCCACUGUCACCAUUUCUGUGACUGAGGUGGUGAAGGAGGUGCUCACUGACGUGGCACCUGCCAAUGAUCCCAGGAGGCAUGUGACUUUCUAUCUCAUCCUGGCUGUGAUUUUGGUGUCAGCAGCUUUCUUCAUCACCAUGUUGUCAGUGGGCAUCUUCAAGUGCUACAAGUGGAGGCAGUCAAAGGAGCUGUUCAACAGCUCCAGGAGCACCCUGUACAGGACACCAGGGCCCUUCCACCACAUUGAUGCCGUGCGGGGUGGCUUCACGCCACCCAACUUCUACCACCAGGUCUAUCUCACCACGGACUCUCGCCAGAGUGAUCUCCUGUGUAAAAAGCCCUUCACUUCCAGCCCCCUGGGGAGCCGUCAGAGCACCAUGAGGAAUGGUGAGCCAGGGCUGUACCACCAGAUCGUGGGCACCACCAGCCGGCUCCCUGCGCCUGCCGAGGUAACGUAGCUCCUUCCUUGGUGUGUCCCAGUGCCGGGCAGAGCCAUGGUUCAUUUGUGCCGUAUGCAUAUGGUGACGGAUUGGGGUAGGUCCAGUCAUGCCAUGCCUCUAAAGAGUGGUUAGCUGUAGCUGAAUGGGUCUUCUUCGGAGUCAAAUGAACCGUCCUCAGUGUCGAUGACAUAUGCACUGUGCUGAGCAGGGUCCAGAGAGUCAGUUUGCUCAGGUUGGCAAACAUACGUCUUUCAGAUGCAGUUUUGGGUACCCCUUGUGUGAGUAACCGGUGGAUGCUGAGGUCAGCUUGCAACCACUUGCAAAUCCUUGGCAGAAAGUUUGCUGUGCAUGGUAUUUCCGUCCUUUUGCAAAAUGAGAGCAGAGGGGAGCACUUGCGGGGUCAGGCACGGGGAAGGGAACAGAGCGUCUCUGCGUUGGGCCCUGGUGU